AUGGAAAAUAUUUUAUUGGAAAUAUUUCAUGAAAUAUGUAAAUACGUUUCACCAAAAGAUUUAUACUCAUUAUCAACAGUAUGCAAAAGGUAUAGAAAAAUUUUAUGGUUAACUCACUCGAUGAAAUGUCAAAAUAUUUGGAAAACAUCAAGGCAAAGAUGUUUAACAUAUCCAAAUUUACCACCACCAAAUGGUUGGAACGAAGAUUGGCCAGAACAAAAAUAUAUUUGGUUUACUUUAUUAAGUGAUAAAUGUUUUAUUUGUAAAGAUCGUUUAUUGGAAAAAUUUCAUGAUAGGUGUUGGGAAUUUAGAGUUAAUUGUUGUAAAGAUUGUUUUGAUAAAUGUGCAGUCAGACGUCGGCUUAGAAGAGGACAACCAAUUCAGUACUUUUGGACUAAGGAUAUACAAAAAGCGUAUGAAGAAUAUAAAGGAUUGGGAAAUGAAGAAGAAAGGCAAGAUUGGGUUGUUAAAAUGCAGCGUAAAGUUCAAAGAUUUUUACAAGAAAUUUUUGAUUAUAAAUUACAAGACACCGUAGAAAUCACUAGAGAUCUUCAAGCUAGACUUAUUAGCAAUAAUCACCACCAAAGAACGUAG